AUUGAAAAUAAUUUUUAGAAAGAAAACAUAAUUUCCUUUUGACAUUGCUUUGUCUCAGCUCUCACCUAUAGCCACAGCGAUCGGAACCUUACUCCGUCGUCAAAACCACUGUCAAAGCCAAUUUCUGCCGUUGUUCUAACCAACCCACCACCCAACUCACCAGCAGCAGCAGCAGCAGCAGCACCCGCUGCUAUGUUUGUUGUUGCAUCUUCCAUUUGCAGUGAUAUUCCACUCUUAAAACCAAUAAAGAUGAAAACUUUCUCAUCAAUUCAACCACCCCACAAUUUCCAUUCCACACUUUUUUUCUCUUACACUUCCAUAAGAUUUUGCAUCAGGACUCAACUUCCUUCCUCUACAAGGGUCUUCUUUUCUCAGGAAAAAUCUGACACAGAUGAGUCAUUAAGCGUAAAACUGUUGCCUCCAACCCUAUUAGCAGCAGAAAAGGAAGAAGCCAAGGCUGUAUUAACCUUGUUUUUGAAGAAACGAGGUUUGAGCAAUGCAAAUGCAGCAAGAACGAUUAACAAGUCAGAUCCUUUUAUUGAUCACCUUCUCUCAAAGCUUCACUCUAAACACAAAACUUGGUACCUUUCAGGGAGAGAGCUUACAACUCUUGAGAUCAGGGAUGCUCUUAUCUCUUAUCUUGAAUCACUUUACGAAGAGCAUGGAGAAAUUCUAGUGGAUGCAGUGGAAAACUAUCCAAAUCCACCCGUUAAGGAUAAAUCGGACGCACCAAUUCCACCUCCUAAUCCUAGUCCAGCGGUAGACUCUAAGAAAGUUAAAGCCGUGUCUCGAGUGAGUGGUAUAGACCCUGCUGAGGGAAAUCUUCGUCCUCAUAUUGCUUAUCUGAUGGAACUCGGAAUGAAUACCGACCAGGUUAGGAGUAUUAUGCGACGAUUCCCAGCUUUUGCCUACUAUAGUUUGGAGGGUAAAAUUAAGCCAGUGGUUGAGUUUUUUCUUGAACUUGGAGUACCAAAAGAAAAAAUUAUCAUUAUCCUCACUAAAAGGCCUCAAUUAUGUGGAAUCAGUCUAUCUAAAAAUCUUAAGCCCACCAUGAAAUUCUUUGAAUCUUUAGGUGUUGACAAGGAACAAUGGGCGAAAGUGAUCUACCGUUUCCCAGCCCUGCUAACUUAUAGCACGCAGAAGAUUAAUGAAAGUUUAGAUUUUCUCCGCGAAUUUGGCGUCUCAGAAGAGAACAUAGGUAAGAUUUUAACUCGCUGCCCAACUAUUGUUAGUUACAGUGUAGAGGACAAUCUUCGACCGACAGCAAUGUACUUCCGUUCUCUGGGGGUUGAUGUUGGCCUUCUUCUAUUCAAUUGUCCACAAAAUUUUGGUCUUAGCAUUGAGGCCAAUAUAAAGCCCGUAACACAAUUUUUCUUGGAGAGAGGAUACACCAUGGAAGAAAUUGGGAUUAUGAUUAAAAGAUAUGGAAUGUUGUACACAUUCAGCUUGACUGAGAAUUUGAUGCCGAAAUGGGAUUACUUUUUGACUAUGGAUUACCCAAAAUCUGAGCUGGUUAAAUUCCCUCAAUUUUUUGGAUACAGUUUAGAGCAAAGAAUUAAACCGAGAUAUACACGCGUGAAAAUUUCUGGGGUGAGAUUACUGUUGAAUCAGGUUCUUUCACUGUCAAGCAGCAACUUUGAAGAGAUCUUAAGAAAGAAAAUAAUGAAAAUGCAAGUUGAUUAGGAUUCUUUUUACAGCAGCAUGGUUGUUCAAUCCAAUAUUGAAAAUUGAGACUUUCAGGCAUGUUUCAGCUCAGAAGAUGGUCAUGACUGUUUUUUUUUUCCCUUUCUUUUUCGGAUCAAUGUCAUUACAAGCGAAAAGUUGCAGUUUUAUACUGGAACAUAGGUGGAUCGAUAACUUUGGGAAAUGCAGUUCGUGCUCAUGAAGAUAAGCAUUUAAACUGUUUUUGAGGGACUUUGGAACAUGCUAGCACCUGCAACCAAUUUUUAUUUUUUGCAGGAUUUUAACAUGAAUAACACUAGUCAGCUCUACUUGCAAGUUGUUGUAUAUGUGAUAGUAAUUGUAGUAUUUCUUGUGUACUUUGUAAAAUAAGUGAUUAGAGGAUCCUUUUGGUAACA